AUGCUGCUAUUCCGUUAUGCUUGUAGUUCUGCACUCUACUCGACUUUAGAGGACGGGACGAUUGUGAAAGGUCUAUCAGGGGUCCCAUCAAAAGGUCCAGUGUUGUUAGUGGGUUAUCAUAUGUUAAUGGGCUUUGAGCUCUAUUCUCUGGUUGAAGAAUUUCUACGGGAGAAGAACGUUCUCGUGAGGGGUGUGGCCCAUCCGGAGCUGUUCAUGGGGAGUAUUACGGAGAGCCCAACUUCAGAAUUUUCCUUGCCCAAUUGGUUUAAAGUUUUUGGAGCUGUCCCUGUAACAGCGAGUAACCUCUACAAAUUGCUCGCGACGAACUCUCAUGCUCUACUUUACCCCGGUGGUGUACGCGAGGCUUUCCAUUAUAAGGGUGAAGAGUACAAGGUUAUAUGGCCUGAUCAACCAGAAUUUGUGAGAAUGGCUGCUCGAUUCGGGGCCACUAUUGUACCAUUCGGAGCUGUUGGGGAGGAUGACAUCGUAGAAUAUGUCCUUGAUUACAAUGAUAUGAUGAAGAUUCCUUUUCUUAACGACUACAUCAAGGAAUUAACUCAGAAGACAAUAAGAGUGAGGGACAGUGGGAGUGGUGAAGUAGCUAACGACCAGCUUUUCCUUCCGGGGAUUUUGCCAAAAGUACCAGGAAGGAUAUAUUAUUUGUUCGGGAAGCCCAUUGAGACUCGUGGAAGAGAGGAAAUACUCAUGGACAAGAAGAACGCCUCCGAGCUCUACUUCCAGAUAAAGUCCGAAGUCGAACGUAGCAUGGCUUACUUGCUCAAGAAGCGAGAUGAGGAUCCUUACAGAAACAUAUUUGAUCGAGUCACUUAUCGGGUCCUCCAUUCUCCAAGCAAUGAGAUCCCAGGAUUCAAGCCAUGAACAAGGGUAACCAUCGAAUAUACAAAUAUUAAUUGGACAAGACAGCAUUUCUUUUGCAACAGGUAAACAGGCAUUCAUAGUGGAAAUAUGUAAAAGGUUGUGUGUUGUACAUCAUUUUUACUGGAAUUUUGUCUUUAGAAAUGAGUCGGUUCAUAAAGCCUUUUACUCCAAUAACUUUCCCGAUUUCUUUCUGUAGUCUGUAUUUCUCGAAUUUUACAUAUAAGAUCGUUGAAGAUAACAAUGAUAUAAUCUUUGAAAUUGGAUACCUUGAUAAAGCUAUAAUUCAUGCUUUGGUGCGAUGGACGGGAAACUGAUUGGCGUGAAAUUGAUUCAUCAAAAACAAAACA